CAUGUAUUUUGGAGAAACUCGCUGUGAAUUUGUUCUUAUGUAAGACUCAUAUUUUGAUGAAAUAAUCGAGUUCAGCCGUUUUGGAUAAGUGGUGAAUUCUUGAGUGUCGUGGUACAAAGACUACCAGAACUUUUUAUUUGGUGGAUGAAAUCAACUCAUUUUUUUUUGGGUUGGUGCACUAAUGAUUUAUUCACAAUUUUGUGCUCUUUGUAAAAUCUUGUAGCAUUCAUAGUUUUUGCGCAAAGAAAUGAAGCAAAGAUGAAGAUUGUCAAUUUUAUGAAGCCCGUAUUGCAAGAAAAACCUUAAAGGUUAAUUAUUUUGCCAAAAUGUCAUCAAAAUGACUUCCGAAGACAUCGUACAGAUUUUUAGUCCUCGAAGAGUUCUGCUGAAAAGAUCAGUAUCAGCUACGGACCUUAACCUUCCGGGUUUUGCGGCUCUAAAUUUACGUGACACCAAAUCAUUCUCAGGAAAUAUGGACGAUAUCAAAUCUGCACCUCAGAAAUUAAUGGAAAAGAUCAAAGGAAAUGAUGACGAAAUCCACUUUACCGAUGGAAUUGAAACCAAAGAUAUCUACAACAAUGACACUAUAAUCGUAAAUAGAGAAGCUCUUUUUCAUGGAGGCAAAAGCUAUAGCAUCAACGAUAUAGCCUUUCAUUGGAAAAAGGAUUGCCGAAUGUGGCUAUGGAAGAACGCUGCCAAUACGCGAAAAAACAAGUCCGUUGGAGAUCAAAUUAAAGCACAACUUAUUAAAGGAUAAUUCUACUUAAGUUUUUAGACACUAAUCCACUUUUAUAUUAUUAUAAUGUUUUGGUAUCUUCACGUUUGCAUAUACAUACAGGUUUUCACAACGAUUAAUAAAUUCAUGAUCUAUUUGAGGUACUUGGAAA